AUGGUGCAAAACAAAAUUUUGAUAAAUCCAGAUUCUGGGCAUACUAAUCUGCAUCUACAGAGAGACUCCCUCUCUAGCAAAAAUAAUAAAAUUAUCCAAAGCAAGUUGAAUGAGAUGCAUACAGCAUAUAGCAGUUCAAAAAAUUACACAGAGUGUAUAAUCAAGCAAUAUAUUAAUAUAGAGCUGGAAAAGACGGAGGGUGCGAACAGUGUGCUAGGAGCAUUGGUAAGAAAAGAAUCCAGGCUAUUAUUAGCAGCAGUAGGCAGGAUUUAG